CUCGCGGGAUAUCUACUCCCACGCUGCUUGGGAGAUGUCACGUGACUAUAGAAAUAUCCCAAGCAACGGUCAAAAAAUUCUGUACGAGAUAUUUGAGCAGACGAGAAACAGGCGAGCUUUGCUUUGCCGUUGAAGAAAGUAUUUACUGCUAGACUAUCUUGGUAGAUAGUUGGCUUACUGGAAUUUAUCUCUCACUUGUUACCGUGAGGAUCAGGCCUGUUCUGCAAUGUCGAGAAUUAUCUCCAAAAGUCUGUGCAACUUCUCUCGCAGCAGAUGCCUCAGUCAGACUUCAGUAUCCGCAGCGCCGAUCUCGCAGUCCUUUUCAGUGUUUCAAAGUAACUGGCAGAGUCGUUACAUUACACGCCUGAACUAUUCGACGACCGCCAAACCCGGCAAGGCGAAAGCGGCUUCAACAUCGACAACGGCAUCCAGAUCCACAGAAACCAGCAGCACAGAUCAACAACCAGCCAAGCGAAAGCGGGGACCAAAACCAAAAUACAGCAUCCCAGAACCAUUUGUCCCCCGACCGGGUAGAUCUGACGACAUUAAACCCGAGAGACUAGAGAAAAUCCCAAAAGACUGGGAGAACCGGCCGCUGGAGCCAUGGAAAAAGCGACUGUACGCUACAAAGGAAAAAUUGAACGGAUCCGCCUGGAGUCCAAACAAGAAAUUGUCGCCUGAGGCCAGACGAGCACUUCGAGCAGUGAAAGCUCUGUACCCGGACGUCAAAGCCUCAAACUUGGCCAACUUCUUCGGCAUAUCACAUGAGGCAGUACGAAGAAUUCUCAAGAGUACCUGGGAGCCGCAUACAGACGAGGACUACCAGGAGUUUCUUGACCGGUGGGCGCGACGAGGAGGAAGGAUAUUGGACGAAUGGGAAAAAAUUGGUCGUAUUAGCCGUCGGCCGAACGAGGCUACCUCCAGGCGGCCAGACUACAGAGGAAAUAGAGAAAGGGACGAUAAAGGUCCUGGUCGCUGA